CACUAAAGUCACUUUCGGAACUGUGUUUUAUCAUUUUAAUUUCAUUUUUUUUGAGUUUUGAACAUUAACAUUUCAUAUUGUGUUCAUGUCCUCAACAGAUUAAAGUCAAAAUAUCCAUUUUGGAGUUCAACUUCGCUUGUCUUAUGUUGUGUAUCUGUUUGAAUAGCGAGCAGUCAAGUUGUCUAUGUGGCUGUUGAGCAGUCUGCGUCCGUGUGAAAGUGACGGUCUUCGCCGAGGUUUCACUCGGUGCCAUAAGUGUCCGGCCCCCUGAUGUGGCAAAAUAGUGAGUCUCCGCCCCUUUGGGUCUUCACUGUCGCAUCGUCCCCCCGAGGCUACAGAGCCAACUGAAGAGGAAAAGCUGGGAUGGUUGCCGGUGGCCUGCGGUACUUCCUGUGCUACGGCAGCGCGUGGCUCCUGCUGGCGAGCCUCCACGAAGCGCCCGGAUGCCAACGUGUCGUCCAUCGACGAGCCGGUGACACGGUGGAGCUCCCAUCGCGUUUACCCGGCGACGACAUCACCUUCGCCCACUGGAACUACCAAGGCAGGAAAGUGGCGUCCGCGGACGACGAGGAUGGCGCCACGGAGGCGGGCCGCUUCACCGGAAGACUGCAGCUCAACCGCCGUAACUUCAGUCUGACGCUGAGGGCCGUGACUCGAGAGGACUCGGGCGUCUUCAGCUUCGUGUCGGCGGUCAACGACAGCCAGCGAGAGACCGUGUGUAUCACCCUGCGAGUUCACGAGCCCAUAAUGGCGACACCCACGGUGACCGUCAACUCCACGUGGUGCGCCGCCAACCACUCGUGCAGCGUUAUGCUGCGCUGCAGUGCCCCCGCUGGCGGGGGGCCGGUGGAGUACAAGUGGCGCGUGGGGAACAGAAGCCUGAGCGGCGCGUUGUUCUGGAUCAGCGUGCCACCACAGGAUGCCGCCGCUGAGAUCAUGUGCACCGUCUUCAACGCCGUGAGCAACAAGUCCGCCUCCGCCUCCGUGACGUGCACCAACAACACUUCCUUCAGCGCGUCGGCGACAGAGGCACCGAGCUUUGGAGUCAUGGUUGGCGUGGCGGCGGCAGCUCUUUGUCUGCUCAUCACGGCGGCCGCCGUCGCCGCAGCCGCCUGUCGCCGCAGGUGCCGGCAAACACGCUGGAAAUCGGAGGACACGACGGUCUACGCAUACAUUUCCGAGGCGGCGCAAGAGCGCGCGAGUGCGCACGCUGCGGACCCGUCCUCGCCGAUGCUAUACGACAAGAUCCGGCUGGACCGCAUGGCCGUGCAAGACCACGCCCCCUAGAGCGACAUUUUAUGGAGGCUGGCAGAGCGGUACCUCCAAUAUACAAUUUGAAAAAAAAAAACACUGUUUUUAAAAAAAUAAAAUAAAAUAUUCUACA